AUGUCGACCGUGAUCGAAAGCGAGGCUGCCUUUAAUCAGAGAUGUGCUGAAGCUUCGAAGGAUGCGACUCUGCAUACCAAGUUGGUGGCACAAGGCAUCCGGUGCUUCAAGACAUUGGCUUUCGCGAUAGGGUCGCCUCAGCAGCCGCCUACGGAGGCUCAGUUUGAUGAAUUCAGUGUGAAGGUGUACGGAGCUGCUCCUACCAUGGGGCAAACCGCAAUCUUGCGGCAUCUGCACUUCGAAGCCACGACUCUAGUGGUUCAGACUUACCGGGACAUGGUCACCCACGACCCGUCUGAUCCAUCGCAUACCAGGAAGGUUCCGGUCCCUGAAAAACGGGCCAGGCUGGAAUUCCAGAGGCGGCGACUUUCAGGAAUGGAAAUUUCUGGAGAGCUUGAGCCUUCGCAUCAGCUUCUUGACUUAGCAAAUCAGCAAUACGAGUCCGGAGUCCUUACUUGGAUCCCUGCGUCGAAAUGUGCCAAGAGGGAAGCUGAGGUCCUUGCAUUGGGCAAGGAUAGGAGCUCCUUGUUGCAGGUGGAGCAAAACGUCAUAAAGGUGGGGCCUGGUGACCAGGCUAUCGCUUGUGAUGUUUCGGAUCCUCUGCGUUUUCAGUGGGCCAUGAUGCGAAGAGGCAUAGCUUUUGACAACUGUCACCUUCUAUCUUGGGAUGUGCAUCAGAGGUGGGUUCAGAAGAUGCUGGAUUGCCUUUCAGCAACCCCGCCACCGAGUUAUAGCCCAGUCAGUUUGAAUCAAUGCAUGCGUGCGGAUAAGGAGCUUUUUCUGCUCUUGGCCAGGGAGGCUGCGCCUCCUUUCAAGGUGGACUCGCUCGGGGUUUCGCCGCUUGAUGCAAAGUUUUCAGCAAUGAUGUAUGAUGUCCGUCUUCAGCAGUUCCUGUUGCCGCUUCCGAAGCAGACAGCCCCUGUCUUGGCAGUGCCUGUGGAUGAUGGGGCGGAGAGUUCCUCCCAGCCCGUCCCGAAAGGGAAGGCCAAGGCAAAAGCAAAGGCGAAGGCGAAGGACUGCACUGUUGGUGCAGCAGCCGCUGGAGAGCAGACUAAGCCGUUGGUGUACCGUGCUCUUGAGCAGGUGCGGGGACCGGCGGAAGGGUCAAUCUUGAAUGAUAAAACACUUCUUCAAGAGAAGUUGCAAGCGUUGAAGGCGAGGGCUCUUGCCUCGAUGAAGUCGCAGGUCGAGCCGAGGAAAUCUCCUUGUGAAGGCCUGGCGCAAAUUUCACCCAAGCCCAGCGGUCAGCUGGAAGUGACUGGAAGUGCCAAUGGCACCAGUGCAGCUCUGGAUCUUUUGGAGCUUUUGCCUCAGGAGGCGCAAAAUCCUCCUAGGGCAUUUCAGGGAUCGGGUGGAGCCCGAUUCAGCAUGGGCGUCUACCGGCGUGGCGGGAUUUUGGGUUUGCAUAGGACUAUGGACAUGUUCCCGUUUUCUAUCAAGGUUUUCAACCUGCUUGUGAGUCGGGUGUGCCCUGCAUUCAGUUACUCUUCACUUGCAAUUCAUGAAAAUCUUGCCUCAGGUUUGCACCGCGACGAGAACAAUCGUGAUGGCCCUACAUUGUUGGUGCCUUUGACGGACUUUGAGAACGGUGAACUUUGGUUUCAGAAGGUUGGAGGUGAUGUCGCUUCGUUGAAUGACCCUUCUUUGGAGGGAUGCCUGCUUGAUGUGGCCGCAGGCCCCACCUUUUUCUCAAAGCCUAAAGAUUUUCAUGAGACUAGGCCGUGGAAAGGUCGCAGAGUUGUCAUGCUUGCUUAUUCGGUGCGUCAGUGCGAGGAGCUCCGGCCUGAAUUACGAGCUGUCGCUGAGCGGCUCGGGUUUUCUGUGUCUCCGUUGGGUUUAGGCCCUUUUGUGGUUUCCUGGGACCCUAGGUGCCUCUCCCCUGUUAGGCCGUCGCAGCGUGAUGCCGGCAGUGUCCGGCAGUCGGCGGCGGGAAUGUACUUCGUCGAGUUGUGUGCUGGGACAGCCGUUCUUAGUAAGGCAGCUGCAAAGUUAGGCUUCAGGCCUUUUGCAGUUGAUUCCUCUAGAAAGAGGGCUGGUGAACAAGCUGUCAUCAUGGAUUUGAGUGAUCCAGCUCAGGCUGAAGCAGUUGUCGAUUUCUUGCGAGUUGAGUAUCAUCACGUCAUCUGUGUUUUCAUCUCACCUCCGGUGGGCACCGCAUCUUUCAUGCGUGAACGCCGUAAGCCGGGUUCUGUUGAACUUGAUUUGAAGAUGCCAAAUGCUUUGAGGUCGGCGUUGCAUCCGGAUGGCUUGCCGACUUUGCGUGGUCGUGAUAAACUCCAGGUUGAGCGUGCAAAUCAACUGUUUGAUCAGCUUGCAAACAUUGCAUGUGAGGCUUGUGAUCUUGGCAUUCUGACAGUCUUGGAGAGUCCUUCUAACAGCCGUUAUUGGGACACUUCUUUCUGUGCUCAGGUGACCAAUCAUGUGCAGGGUCACUUUGUGAAAUUUCAUGCCUGUGUGCAUGGGGGUCACAGGCCCAAGUUGAUGCAGCUUUGGUCGUCACAGGACGUUUUUGGCAUGCUUGCGGGUCGCUGUGACGGGUCGCACGAGCACAAACCGUGGCGACCUUUCAUUUCGAAAAGGAAGCGGGUGAGCUUCAUCACAGCAGAUGAACCCGAAUUUCCCCCGCUCCUCGUCGAUCGUAUCCUUGGUUGCAUCGUUCAUGCGCAUCCCAGCUUGUCCUUCGGGCCACGUGUGCUUGCGCAGGCAAUACAGGAUCCUUCUGCGAAUGUCGCCAGGAUCAAUCUGGGCACUCAACCCAGGGGAAACUCCUUGCCUUCGCUUGUGUGGGAGUUUGACACUACGUUGGAUUUCGUUGUGCCAGUGCAAUGUGACAAGCCGUUGGAAGCUGUGCUUUCUUCCCUUCCAAAGGGCUCCAGAAUCUUCUCGAGACGUGUGUGUGAGUGGGGUUCGCUGAAGAGUCUCCUCGAAGGAGUUGGCAAGCCAAAAACAAACAUCGUGGGCUUGGACCCUUUGCAUCCGCCUGCUUGUGCAGAGCUUGUGCAAGUCGGUGUACCGUGCUCUGAAGAGGUCUUUGUUGCGAGAGCUAUUGCGGCAGGCCACCCACGGUCCUUGGCAGUCCAUGUUGAGCCUUUCGUCACCGUUAGUGCACGUGCUAACUUUGAGGCUCCUCCGGCAGAACUUGCGUCCUUCAGGAUUGAUGCAAUGAAGUUUUGGAUUGGUCGUGCAGGGGCCCUCAAGGAAAAGGAGCAGGAACUUCACCAAAAUCUCCCUGAUCACCUGCGGCCCAUACUUAAAGGAAAGAAGCUAUUGCUUCUCCAAGAGAUGAUGAGAGCCGCAGGGUGUGAGGAUGUCGACCUUGUUUCUGAUAUAUGCCAAGGUUUCAAGUUGUCGGGCUGGCUUCCCGCGUCGGGUGAGUUUGUGCCGAGGUCCAGACGGCCCAAAUUCAGUGUCGAGACGUUGGGAGUUUUGUCGAAGGGCUUGAACAAAGCGACCUUGCAAAAGCUGUCCAGGAGGCAGGAUUCCGAAAUUGAAGAAUCCACCUGGGUUGAAACCCAAAAGGAGAUUGACUCAGGUUGGGUGUGGCUUGAGGAAGGGCCGGUUCCUGAGAUGGUCUCGAUUGCUAUGCGCUUCGGAAUCAUGCAGAACAAAUUGAGGGUCAUUGAUGACCUUUCUUGUUGCGGCCUAAACGCGACAGUGGGCUUGCUGGAAAAGUUUUGCUUGCAUACGAUAGAUAAGCUUGCGGCCAUGAUGGCUCAUGCCUUUGAUGUCGUGUCCGGUGUUAUGCCUGAGUGCUGCGGCAGAACUUUCGACCUUACGGCAGCGUACAAGCAAUUCGGUGUGUGUGCUGCUGACCGUGAAAGGCUACGCAUUGCUGUCAACAGGCCAGGCCACCACAAGCCGAGCUUCUUGGGCGUAAACGCCCUCCCCUUUGGAGGGGUGGGGUCGGUCGCUGCUUUCCUAAGGAUAAGUAUCGCCUUGUGGAAGAUUGGAAUAGUCCUUUUCAGGCUAUUCUGGUCUGCCUUUUUCGAUGACUACAGCAUAGUUUCUGCGAAGAGCCUGGAAUCGAAUGCCCAGUGGACUGUGGAAACUUUGUUUGACCUGCUUGGUUUCCGCUUCGCCAAGGACGGCUCCAAAGCCGAACCCUUUGGAGUUACCUUCAACAUGCUCGGCCUCUCUGUUGAUCUGUCUUGUGUGAAGCAGCGGAUCCUUCGUGUGGGUCAUACUCAGAAGCGAAAGGAGGAGCUCACCGAGUACAUCCAAACCAUCCUUCAGGAAGGAAAGAUCGACUCGAAGGCGGCCGAACGCCUUAGGGGUCGUAUGGUUUUCUUCGAGGGUUUCACCUUUGGAAGGGUUUCUAACCGGGCUCAGCGAGUUGUUGCAAAGUGCGUGGAAAAGUCUGCCCCUCAGAAUCUUACUGAAGAUUUGUUGUGGGCGUUGACGUGGCUUCGUGAAAGAAUAGCCCUGAGCCAACCUUUAGUUGUCGAGCGAAACCUCAUCACAACACUGAUCGUUUUCACUGACGGGGCUUGCAAUCCAGAGGAAGGCACGGGAGGUGUCGGAGGCGUCCUUGUGAAUGCCUCUGGUACUCCGUGCGAGUUCUUCGGUGAGGCAGUUCCAAGUGAUAUGAUGCAGCAGCUUUUGAGCAUCAGCGCAAAUCCCAUUUUCGAGCUUGAGUUGAUUCCAGCACUGAUCAGCCUUGUCAUUUGGGCAGAGCGCUUGAAAGGAGCUCAAGUGGUGUUUUAUCUUGACAAUGAUGGUGCUCGCCAUUCUCUGAUCCGAACCUUUGGCGGUGGCUCACUCGCCAAUGCUGUGAUUGAAUCUUUCCUUCAGCUUGAAACCACUUUGCAGCUGAAGACGUGGUUCGCUCGCGUACCGACUGCUUGCAACAUAGCAGACAAUCCCUCACGGCUGGAAUUUGAGCCUCUUUUAAAAAGAGGUGCUGCAAGGCGUGCUAUUCCGUGGGACCAGGUCAUGCCGUAG